AUGAGUUAUGUUCAAGAAAACGAUACACUGAGUACUCUUUAUGAGGUUUCAUUGAGAGGCAGUGUAUCAGAGUUAGAAACUCUAAUUGCAAGAAACCCUCUUAUCCUUCACAAGCUUUCCUUAACAACCUUCACAGAAACUCCGUUACACAUAUCAGCUUUACUUGGCCACCUUGAUUUCACAAAGUCCCUUCUCACUCACAAACCUCAACUUGUUCUUGAGUUGGACCACUCCAAACGCACCGCUCUUCAUCUAGCUUCUGCAGAAGGCCAUGUAGAGAUUGUUCAUUUGCUGUUGCAAACAUGUGCAGAUGCAUGUUUGAUGAGUGACCAAGAUGGAAGAAUCCCUCUUCACUAUGCAGCUAUGAGAGGAAGAACAGAGGUUGCAAGAAAGUUGGUUAGUGGAGCAAAGUCAGAAUCAGUGAUGGUGCUUGAUGGGUCAGGAAAAACUAUGUUUCACCUUUGUGUCGAGCACAAUCACUUGGAGACCUUGAAAACAUUGGUGCAAGUAGGAGACGUCAGGGAGGACUUUCUAAACAUUGGAGACUUUCAUCGUGGAAAUACCAUUCUCCAUCUGGCUGUUAUGUUGAAGCAAAUUGAGACGGUAAGGUAUUUACUCUCAAUCUCCAAAAUAAAAGAAGAAGCAAAUGCUGAGAACAAGAUGGGUUAUACUGCUAUGGACAUGCUAGAGCUGGGUCCAAAAGAUAUGAGAAGUCUUCAAAUAAAACUCAUGUUGAUGGAUGCCGGAUUCAAGAACAAUGAACAGAACCAAGUAGAUUACCCUCCAUCCACAUCAGUCAUAGAUGUUGUUCCAUCAAGGAUAGUGAAUCCAAAUGAAAAGUUUUGGAGCAAGUCUUUGAAGCGUGUGAACAAGUUCUUACAGCAGAAGAGUGGUAGGUUGGAAGAAAUGAGAGGGAUGUUAAGUGUCGUGGCUACAAUGAUCGCAACAGCGACCUUUGGUGUUGUGAUGAACCCACCAGGUGGUAAUGUAGAUUUUAAUAGUUCGGCUUAUUUUCGUUUCUACCCAUUCAAUUUUCGAGAAUUGGCUACAAAUUUCUUAACGAUGAACACCAUCUCUUUCAUUGCAUCACUUGGUGUGACUCUCUUACUUAUAAGUGGAGUUCCCUUACAGAAUGAAGUCGCAAUGGGGUUCUUAUCAAUAGGCACAGGUGUUUGUCUCACAUUUCUUGUUCUUACUUACCUACAUGCUGUGCCUUUGAACCCCCACAUGCAGUUUGGGCAAAUGUCUUCUGUGUUGUUUUCUUGGCUUGGACUUUUUGGGGCAAUAUUUGUGUUGAUCAUAAUUCGUGUAAUUUCUUGGGUGGUGAAUGUUUUGUAA